CCUUCGCCCGCGGCGACAACCCUGAACCCUCCUCUCUCUCCUCCACCACCUCCCCUGCGACCAGCGGCGCGCGGCAGCGGCAGGCGGCCACCGGGAUGGCGUCGUCGUCGGGGACGAGGGAGGUGCUCAUGCUGGAGGCCCCGCCGGCGCCCUCCGGGGCGCCGUGGCGCGCGCCGCCGGACGCGGAGGCCGUGGACGCGCUGCCCUACAUCGACGGCGACUACGGCGACCCGGCGGUGAAGCGGGAGGUGGACCGGAUGGUGGAGGAGGAGAUGCGGCGCGGGAGCCGCAAGCCCGCCGACUUCCUCCGCGACCUCCCCCCCGUCCCCGCCAUCGGGUUCGAGAAUCAUCCUAUGCUUGCUAAAGAGUACGAGCGUGUUAGAGCUGGGAAACCUCCUGCUACCAUAGAGAUGUCCCGCUAUGGUUUGGAGCCACCCCCAGCGAACAAGAGGAAUGAUGUUGCUGCAUGGAGGCAGGCUCUAAGAAAUGCUCAGAGCCAGCUGCACCAUCAAAUCAUAAGGAUAGAGAAUCUGGAGCUUAUGCUGAAGUAUGGUGUUGAGGUUUGGAAGCUUCAGAAUAGACAAAUGGAAUCAGUUUUGUCUAGGAUGCAAAAGAUGGCUGUCGAAUACAAUGAGAAGAUAGAAACUGUCAACCGCGAGAGGAAAUUUCACCAGCAAAACACUGGUGGUCAACUCCAUGCCUUGACGACGGAAUGGCAGGAGCUGUGUCAGAAAAAUAUAGCUAUUCAAGCUGCAUGUGUUGAUCUGCAGAAUCAGAUUGAUCAGCUUAAACUUGGAGCUAAAGAAUUGGGAAUGCCCAUCGAUGACAGCACCGGAACUAAUCAGCAAGCAUCAUCAGCCAUUUGAGCACAGAUACAUAGGUAGCAAUGGAGGUGAGACAAUUCCAUGAGAUGGGAGCUGGAGGUUUCCAUCAAGGCACAUCUUUUUGCAUGAUCUGCAGUUGCCAAAUCCAAGAUAACAAUCUAGGCGAUUACCUUGACAACCCGCACUUGUGAUUGUAUUCCGUUAUCCAUUUUUCGAGGACUUGUGUGCAUAUGGAGACCUGAUAGAGAAACAGAUCGUAUGCAUGCUGUGUUUCUGUUCCAAGUGAUCUAACCUGUGUGAGAGGCAGAAAUCUCAUCACUGAAAUAGAAUGUACCUUGACAUUGAAGCGUCAGUUAAGGUUUUUGUUAUUUAUGUUGACAUGUUUGUGUACU